UGUAUGGUUAGUGGUUGCUCACACUGAAUCAGAGACGGAAGCGUAUACAGAAUAUUUGUUUUCUCUAAAAAUUGAAAAUUCUAAAUAUAUAACACGAUCUAUUGAGCAGCAUGCAUGUAACCACAGACCUGGCCCAGUCUCCCUGUGUUCGUGCUGCAUACGGUUGCUGCGUGUUGCCUGCUAUUCGUUAUCCGAUUUUUGAGCUGCAGGCCAAAGGUAAAAAUCGGUUCGCACUAUUUCAUUUUUAAAGUAUUCGGAGGCUUAAUAAAUAGUCGGCUGUGAUCAUGGAUCCAGAGGCAUUUUUAGACGUGGCCAAUCAGGUCAUCAAACUGAAAAUGUUUCCGUUUUUUGACAUUGCUCACAGUCUUCUUGCCGCGCUGGCCGUGCGCGAGGACUUGGGCGCAAACGCGCAGGCAUUCUCACGGAAGCACCCGCUGGCUUGCUGGUUAUCAACAAUGCUGGUGAUCUUCGCCGGCGGUAUGGUUGCCAACGGCUUGCUGGGAGAGCCAAUUUUGGCUCCCCUGAAGAACACGGGGCAGUUGCUCGUGGGUACGGCUGUGUGGUACGUCGUGUUCUACACACCGUUUGAUGUGGGAUAUAAGGUGGCAAAGUUCCUGCCGGUCAAGAUAGUCGCUAGUGCCAUGAAAGAGAUCUACCGGGCCAAGAAGGUUUACGACGGCGUAGGCCACGCGGCUAAACUUUACCCCAACGCCUGGAUAAUCAUGAUUAUUAUCGGCACGCUAAAGGGCAAUGGAGCAGGCUUCACCAAGUUGAUUGAGCGCCUCAUCCGUGGGGCCUGGACUCCGACUGCCAUGGAGUUCAUGCAGCCGAGCUUCUAUACCAAAGCGUCGUUGCUGGCCUCAAUCAUCUUUGUUCUGGAUAAGAAAACUGACUGGAUCUCGGCACCACAUGCAUUGGUCUACUUUGGUAUUGUAAUAUUUCUGGUUUAUUUCAAGCUCUCGUCAAUCCUGCUGGGUAUCCACGAUCCUUUCCUGCCACUCGAAAAUCUGUGCUGUGCCAUCUUCUUUGGCGGCAUUUGGGACAGCCUGGCCAAGAUCCUCGGACGCGGCCAAGCAAAGGACGGUGACACCAAAGAUCUUAAAAAGAGCAAUUAAACUAUUUUUAGUUAGUCAGAAAAGUACUUAACGCUGCCAUCCAAAGCUAAUGAACGCACAUAACAUACUAUAAAGGAACGUUCUUCCCUAACGCGAACCAAAGACAUUUUGUGGAACGUGCAAAUCACUCUUGAGGAUUAGCAGUGGGGUGUGUCUGCUAAUCAUCGACACUGAUUUUGCCCUGGACCAUGGCCUCAUCAGUUUUUACUCUUUUAAUUUUAUAUUUAAUAGUUUUAAAUAACAACAAAAACCAGAGACUUUUUAAAUGCCAUAAUGCCAGAAGUAUUCUCGGCUCCCGGGAACUUUUCUUCAAAAAAAAAUUUAUACCGAUUUCAUCUAAGACCUAACCACAUUCAAACAAAAUGUGUAACUAUUGGAACUGAAAAUGGGAUUUCAUAAAAUUUAUGAAUUAAAUGUAUAAAUUACUGAUAUAUAUGUUUGUAAAUCAGAGUUAUAAUAUGGCACAUAGGAAGAAAGCUGCGUAGAACACGCAUUCAAGCGAAGUUAAAUGAUUCUGUUAAGAGGUAUGAACAUUAAUUGGAAACAAUAAAAUGUUGUAUUUAAAUUUAA